CGUAAAUCAACAUAUAACAACCUUUCGAAUAUAAAACAUAUAAACAAAUAUAAAGUAUAAAAAUCGAUUAUAUUAGAAGUUAGAUCUAUAACCACUUUGGGUUUAAUCAUGGCUUUCAAGACAGCUGUUUUGUUCCUUGUUGGACUGGCCUACGUGCAAUGUUACAUUGUGGUGCCAAGCGGAGACCCCUGCAAUCCAACUAAAGCUGUCAAAAAGGCAGCUUGUAUGGUGGUUAGACCGCAAUCCAUACCGAAACCAGCACCAUUGACUGCUCUUUUGAACUCAGCUCCGAUUCCAGGACCUUGCGGGGUAGCCAAGGAGGCUAUAGUGAAACCUGCUUACCUACCACCCCCAACCCAACCCUGCGUGCAACAACCAGGGUGUGCGCAAACUUGCGCUAACCCUUGCGCUCAAGCACAACCACAAAGAACCUGCCUUGGGCAAGCUGUACAAGCUGGUGAAGCAGCCAAUUCAGUGAUAACCUACGGUGGAGCCAUCUCUGGAUCUACCUACGCUAACGUAGCUUCUAACCCAGCUCUGGUAGGAUGUCAACCAAUUGAUUACGCUAAAGCUACAGCUGGAUGCAACCAAAACUUGAUAACUCCAGCAGAUCCUGUAUCUCUAGCUUUGGCGAUGAAACGCUCCCACCAACGCUGUAUCACCGGUGAAGAUAAGUUAGCGUUUGGUUUCACCAAACUACCAGUUGAAAUCCCAUUGAUCGUCAAAGAAAAGUUGAGGAUGCCUGAAGACAACCUCUACAAACUGAACGGUCAAAUUGUUGAGUUGAAAGCUGUGAAGAAGGUCUGUCAGAACAAAAAAUCCCUCGCUGAGGAGGCUAUGGAUGAUUUGGAAGGUAGCUCAGAAGAAAUUCAAGUGCAAGAUGAAGAAGUAUCGUCCACCAAACAGUUGUCUCUGCAAGAAUUGGGCUACCAACCCGCUAAAAUACAAGCAGCACCAUUCAUCAAUGUCCCAGUGGCAAACCCAAUCCAAGCAGCUCUACAAGGUGCCCCAGGUCUUAUCAAGGGAGUUAUCGGCGCCUUAACCCAUGCCAAACCAUGCCAUGAUGGAUUCAUCCCCGGCAAAGUUGAAUACAAAACCAUCCAGAAAAAACCACGUGGACCACUCUACGUACACCCAAAAGAUGAGGACUGCGAAUCAGAAGAAAUCUCUCUACCAGCUGGUUCAAGUUUCGUCUACCAAGCCCCCCAAGCCCCUCUUCUGGUCUCCCCACCAGCCCCAUGCUCCAGCUUGUAUUAAUAUUAUUAAUACCACUGAUAAUACCCCACCCCUGUAUCGUUAAAAAAUCUAUUAUUACUCUAAAAACAUCACAUCCAAAUCUAGAGCAAUAUUAGAAAUUUCAACGAUGAUUCUUUAUUUAUAACUCAUCUAUAAUCAUAUGAUUUUUUUUUAUUUUAUUUUAUUUUAUUUUUCUACUUCUUUUUCUACUCUAUUUUUUCUCUACACCGACUGUGAUAUCUAUUAUUAUAUAAUUAUAUAUAUGGUUGUAAAUGACUUACAAAAAUAAAACUAUGUCCCCC